GUAGGAGGCAAGCUGUGUGCGAUGGAACAUUCAAUGAAUAGGAAUUAGAUUUCGUUAUUAGGGCUUGAUCGCCGCAUGUUGUAUAAUCCCGACAUUUCAACACUAUGUACAAAGAGAACAGACAGUGUGUUCACUCCUUCCCCUCCUCCUUUGUACUGCUAUAGGAUUUUUCCAAUCUUUCUUCGAUUCUGGAAGAAAAUAACGGGGUGGGUUGUUUGUUUUUUGUUUUUACCAAAUGCUAGCUCUGCAGGGUUGUGGAAAAAACGUAAUUACACCUCAGAGAUCCCUAGUACCGACGAUGGACAUGCGUUUAUUUUAACAGCAAGCCUCUCCCGUUGGAUGAAACAUGAUGAAUAACAUUAUCCCCGCUAUUCCCGAUGGGCGCCUAUAACAUGGCGAUUUCGAAUCGAUCUAAAGGCAGGAGAUAAAAGAUACAAAACUCAUCGGACACCGGAAACAAGCGGGAUAUUGUGAAGCUCUCCAUGCUGAAGAUGUCCACUCCCAAUGAUCUCAAGUCACCCUGCGUACCGAGGAACGGCUUGGUCAAGCUCCCCCCCAAUGGCCUGGGGUCUGCCAGCAUCACCAAAGGGACGCCUGCAGCCAAGAACCGCCUGUGCCAGUCUUCCUCGGUGCCCACCAUCCUGCCUCCGCCCAGCCUUCCCUACCACAUGGAGCCGCUGUCCACCGCGGCCUCCCUGCUCAGCCCCGACCCCGACAGCGGCUCGCCCACCUGUGACCAGCCCCCCCGGCGGAAACUGUCCAAGACCUGCCUGGAGAGGCAGCUGGUGUUGGACGAGAAGGUCUUGAACCGGCUGCUGUGGUACUUCACCACAGCCGAGAAGUGCGUCUUGGCCCAGGUGUGCAAGACCUGGAGAAAGGUGCUGUACCAGCCCAAGUUCUGGGAAGGCGUGACUCCCAUCCUGCACGCCAAGGAACUCUACACCAUCCUGCCCAACGGGGAGAAGGAGUUUGUGAGCCUGCAGGCCUUUGCCCUGAGGGGCUUCCAGUCUUUCUGCCUGGUGGGUGUCUCCGACCUGGACAUUUGUGAGUUCAUCGACAACUACCCUCUGUCCAAGAAGGGCGUCAAGUCAGUCAGUCUCAAGAGGUCCACCAUCACAGAUGCAGGUCUGGAGGUGAUGCUGGAGCAGAUGCAAGGCCUGGUGCACCUGGAGCUCUCAGGCUGCAAUGACUUCACGGAGGCAGGGCUGUGGUCCAGCCUGAACGCGCGUCUCACCUCGCUCAGCGUCAGCGACUGCAUCAACGUGGCGGACGACGCCAUCGCCGCCAUCUCCCAGCUGCUGCCCAACCUGUCGGAGCUCAGCCUGCAGGCCUACCACGUGACCGACACUGCCAUGGCCUACUUCACUGCCAAGCAGGGCUACACCACGCACACCCUGCGGCUCCACUCCUGCUGGGAAAUCACCAACCACGGCGUGGUCAACAUGGUGCACAGCCUGCCCAACCUCACCUCGCUCAGCCUGUCCGGUUGCUCCAAGAUCACCGAUGACGGGGUGGAGCUGGUGGCGGAGAACUUGCGGAAGCUGCGCAGCCUGGACCUCUCCUGGUGCCCCCGCAUCACCGACAUGGCCCUGGAGUACAUCGCCUGUGACCUGCACAAACUGGAGGAGCUUGUGUUGGACAGGUGCGUGAGGAUAACGGACACAGGGCUGGGAUACCUAUCCACCAUGUCUUCUCUGCGCAGUCUCUACCUGAGGUGGUGCUGCCAGGUGCAAGAUUUUGGUUUGCAGCAUCUAUUCGGAAUGAGGAGUCUGCGCCUCUUGUCUCUCGCAGGCUGUCCUCUGCUCACCACGACGGGCCUGUCCGGCCUCAUCCAGCUGCAGGACCUGGAGGAACUGGAGCUGACCAAUUGCCCUGGGGCCACGGCUGAACUCUUCAAGUACUAUUCACAGCACCUGCCUCGCUGCAUGGUGAUCGAGUAGCCAGUGGGGGGCGGCACUGCGCCACGUCGCCCAAACCUUGUCCUGCAGUCAAAACCGAAAGCUGCCCAGCCAACUUCAUUCAGAUCCUGAGGGUGGAAGGACGAAAGAGGGAGCAGGAGGGAAGGAAGAAAGGAAAGCCCAGCCUGAUCUACCGACAGACGGAGGCCUAAAAACUUUCCGAACGGAGGGACGGACUGCGGAGAGGAACGCGAAGAAGGGAAGGAUGAAAAUCGAUCAAGACUCCAUACACACACGCGCGCGCGCACUCACACAUGAACCAUGCAAUUCCACGAAUCCUGAGAACUUUAGCUUCGGUGUGACAUCAUUCCGUGUUUUUUCAAAGGUUGUGUGUCUUGAGCCCCUCCGGCCACCUCGCGUCCUGGUCCCGGGUGUCCGGUGCGAACGGGCGGAGCAGUGGGGAAGCGAGAGGAGGAGGGCGAGGCAGGCAGGGGGGCCAGGCUUCGCUGGGAGCACUGUACGGCACUUUGUGCCGGCGUGGGUCUCGCGCACUCUGUCGUGCUCUCCGAGGUGUUUUUCUCCUCCACCCCCCCCCUCCCCCCAUGUCUGUGUCUUAACAACCGAAAAACAAUGGCUAAGUAGAUUUUUUUGGGGGGUCAGAGCUGCACGCUUACCCGCUUGUUGUAAUGCUAUUUUCUUAAGUAUUAUUUUUAAAUCUUAAUUUCUGAGUAAGCAAACAAAAGGCUCGACAUUUGUGGUAAGCAAUCAAAGGUCUCGAAGAAAGGGGACCCACGGUAAUUAAAGGGAGGACACUGAACGGGGACGCCGCUUUAAAGUUCAAGUUGCUCGCUUUGUGGGUGGGCGAGGAGCCAGCGCGAUCUUUUGACCAAAGGAUCCCGUGGGGGUUGUGAUUUCAGAAAUGGCUCGGGGGUUGAUGAGGGAGGGGGUGUGCCACGGGGAAGAGGGUAGUUAACGAGCUCUGAUUGGUGGACUGUGCUGUAUAUACGUUAGGUAAUACACCCAGCUUGGCCUUGUUGUGAGAACUCCUGUUAAUUUGAGGUCAGGUGAUGUUUGUGGCCUGCGUGCAGGUUUGAGUGUCUGUCACAAUUUAGCAGAUACAGGAGGUAAGAAGGUGUACGCUGAACUGCAUGUCUCCAGCGCUCUUGUUACCACCCCUGUGGGUCAGCGAAGUCAGCCCUGGGGCUCUCAGUAGCAGGAGAUGUCGCACGCUGUCGUUACUUAUGAUCUUAUGUUAUUUGCAUUUGCAGCGACACUGUAUUAGAAAGGGCGUGACAGCCCACAACUAUCAUAGACAUGGAAGCACUCGACAUCAGUCAUAUUCUUCCAACAACAAGUAAAGCAGCACUCUCCCAUAUAUGCUUGUGCGUGUAUAUAAACAAACUGCUGUAUUAGUAGCGUGACAUUUGGAAGUUUCAUAGACUUAUCUCAAUAGCUAUCCCGCACGUAGAAAAGGAUAGCCACCAGUGGAGUGUGCUUAUCUCUGUGUCCAGACUGGACUGAGCUCUUGGCCAGGUAUAAAUCUCUGGUAGAGGCAGGACCCUUCACCAAAGUGGAGUUGUGUCCCUCCUAGGCAGCUCUCCUCCUCUGCCAGACCUGCAAGGGGGCACUCUUGCUCAUUCCAUUUCACUUCAUUUCAUCUCAGUAUCCCAGCAGGCCCAGCUCAAUACAGUAACAAUUUUACUCACUUCUUUGUUUUCUUGAUCUCACAGAGAUUCUUUGGAGGUUUUUCUCCCUUUGUUUCUGUUCUGGAAGAAGCGGCGUUGGGAACCCUGGGGCUUUCGCUGUCCCCGGUCUGUUCCCUCUUCUCUCGAGUUGCUGAUUCAGGGCGUUUUGCAGAGCACAGCAGUUUGCCUGGUCUCAGGUUACAGCUCACCUCAGCUCCUGGGCGCCUAGCUGCGUGUAGCACCGUGCGAACUGCAGAAAUACUGGAGGGGCAGUAGCUUCCCAUUUCAAAUCAAAUAGAGGUUUAAUAGAAGGAUAAACUUUGAUGUUUCUAACUAGGUAUUGUAGUAUGGUAGGCUGAGUUGUGGGUCCCAGGUGUUGUUAGCUGGCAUUUGACCCAGGUGGACUUUAAUACAAACUCCUGUGGGAUUUAGGUUGAGUCACAAGACCUCCGAAUUGCUGUCAGUCAGAUCGCUCCAUGACUCACUGAAUGGGACUGGAUGGAAGACUUGAGGCGAUAAAAAUUCAAAAGCAAAAACUGCACAAAAAAUCUCGUUCCAUUGUCUAAAUACAUAUGCCAAUAUUUCUUAAAUAUUGGCUGGAGUUGCAUGGCUGGUGCGUUAUCUUCUACCUGGUACAUGUACAGAUCCAUGACUUCUGUAGUGUAAGAUUCAUAUUCCCCAUGACAGACACGUGCUUCCUCUGAUGUCGACUGCAGAAGAGGUGGUUCGUUCUCUGUACACAUUCCCUUUACCACAUCUUAGAACAUAUUUCCAUAACUUUCUGAGGAAAAACAAUGCUGUUUGUUUCAGGACCAGUGCAAAAGAUCUGUAGUUCAUGUUGUGUUGUUGGCCUGCUCUGGUGUUAAUGAUAUACAAUUUAAACUGGUUUCCACAAGGGUGAUGACUUAAGGUAGCUUGUGGUUUCCUGACCAGGCCAUAAGUACAGUACAGGGACACAGUGGACUUGUUCAGUCUUUUUGGUUCUGGAAGCAUAGAGCCUGACUGGAUUUGUCCUCUGAUUUAUGAUGGCUCCUUCUUGAACGGGGAUGUUUUUUUUUAUAAGCAGGUAACCCUCUGAAAAUAUGAGCUGGACAGUUUAGACAUUACCAGCCUUUUAACCUCUGCAGUGUGAGGUUGGGAAGAAAGGUAGGUAUAGUUCAUGCAUAUGUGAGUUUACGCAGGUGUUUGCCCCAGAGCUGGGAAGAGGCUGUGAUGGAUUAGUGGGUGUAUAUCUCCCAAGCACCAGAGCAUAAAUCCUCAUUUGCCACUCCAGCAUGAAGGUGGUCUAGAGGAGGCUCAAGCCCUCUCUUAUGCUUGCUUAUUUAUUUUCUAUUUAUUUUCUAUUUAUGUAUUUAUUUAUGAAGAAGAAUUCUGGAAAUCUGAAAUGGCCCUCCGGUGUGCUCAGCCCGAAAUGGUGAAGAAUGAGAGCAGGACAGAUUUGGGGGCUCUGAAUCUGUUCUCGAGGCUGCACAUCCCGUUUCGAAUCCAACACUGCUCCAUCUGUUGAGUCAGCUGGACUGUGUGCAGAGGCAACAGUGUUAACAGUCAGAGCUUCUGCAGGAUUCUUCUCUUCCUCGGCCACUGGUGGUUUAGGGAGACCAUGAUGGACGUCUGGGAUUAUUAGUUCACUGGGGGAGGAGGCCAGGAGUUACACCAGCAUGUUGCUUCCAUGACACAAAUGUUAUUUGGGGUCGGGACUGUAAUGUGUAGUAAAAUAUUACUCAUGUGCAAAAAUAUUUACUGUAUGCACCAUGUGACAUUAAACUACAACCAUAUCUGUCAGACCUCUUUCUAUAGGAUGCUUUUCAUGACAACUACCCAUAGGCACUGUAAAAAAAAAAGAAACCGUCAAGAAGUAAAUAAAGUAAAUGCAUUGAAA